UACCUCGCGAGUGUCCACAAGAACACCUGCCUGAAUUAUACAUUCUUUUUAACCUCUCAACAUCACGGUGUAUAUUUUAGCCUUUCCCUGGGACUGAUACCUCGCGAGUGUCCACGAGAACCUCUGCCUGAACCCUUCCCAAUCCGCAACUGCACAUCUGACGCCGACUGCUGGCCCAGACUGUGUUGCCCGGACGGCAACCGGAGGUUCUGUAGGACAGCUCUGCCCCUCUGGGACCAGCUGCCUGCUCAGCGCCUUUUCAUGCCAGUACGCAACAUGUUGGCCUACCUACAGUGCACACCGCCUCCUCCACCCAUCUAUGACCUGUUCCCCAAGAUGUGCAGGUCCACCCUAGAUUGCUUCCCCAACCUCUGUUGCCAGGAGCAGGAUCGCCGUGUCUGUCGACCGCCCAAGAAGUCAGUCUUGGCCCUGCUCGCCACCCUGGGCCAGAGGCAGAGAAGAGGGGAAUGGUUUGGAUGAGCUACUCUCAGAACGAAUUAAUUUAUUUAUUUUGUAAAUAUGUAAUUUAUAUUCAACCUUUGUAAAUAAACAUAUAAUUUUUA